CGUCCGGGCCCAGGGGCCCCGCACAGCAGGUUCUCCCCAUGACACCACCUGGAUAUCUCUACCUCGUGAGGGUAUGUGGCGCCCCCCUCCUCCUUCUCCUUCUGGGGCUGCUGCUGGCCCUGCCUCCUGAGGCCCAGGGGCUCCCUGGUGUUGGUCUCUCACCCUCAAUUGCCCGGACUGUCCAUCAGCACCCCCAGAAUCACUUCGCACAAGGCACCUUCAAACCUGCCGCUCACCUUGUUGGAGACCCCAGCACUCAGAACUCGUUGCGCUGGAGAGCGAACACAGAUCGUGCCUUCCUCCGCCAUGGCUUCUCUUUGAACAACAAUUCCCUCCUGGUCCCCACCAGUGGCCUCUACUUCGUCUACUCCCAGGUGGUCUUCUCCGGGGAAGGUUGCUUUCCCAAGGCCACCCCCACCCCUCUCUACCUGGCCCAUGAGGUCCAGCUCUUCUCCUCCCAGUAUCCCUUCCACGUGUCUCUCCUCAGUGCUCAGAAGUCUGUGUGCCCAGGACCACAGGGACCUUGGGUGCGCUCAGUGUACCAGGGGGCUGUGUUCCUGCUCACCCAGGGAGACCAGCUAUCCACUCAUACAGACGGCAUCUCCCAUCUACUCCUCAGUCCCAGUACUGUCUUCUUUGGAGCCUUUGCUCUAUAGAAAAAUCCAGAAAGAACGAAUUGGUUUCAAGGCCUUCUCUCAUUUUGCCUCCAUCCUGAUCAUUUCAAGGGUCACCACACCUCUCCUUCGACCAUUCCAACACUCUCAAGUCUUCCCCACUCAUAUCAGCCAGCACUUCCAAAAGAGGAAUCCUAAGCACCCCAGGGGACCCACCUCCCUAAACCACCCUGGAUGAUCAGCUGAGGAUUUCAAGCCUGCUAAAGACUCCCGUCCAGAGUACUUCCUCUGUGCUGCCGGUCCAGGGGGGCCUAGCCCUGGAUAUGGAGGGGGAGCAGACACAUCGGGGAGCUUGGGUGGAUGACUUAAGGCAGGGAGGGGGAAUUAUUUAUGAAGGAAAAAAAUUAAAUUAUUUAUUUAUGGAGGAUGGAGAGAAAGGAAUCGUGGAGAAAUAUCAGAAGAGAGAGAUAAAUGUGCCCAAAAGAUGAAAAUGAGAGGGCAUCGGUACAAGGAUGACCUAGUGAGAGAGAAAACUAGUGAUUCUGAGGGACCAAGGGGCUCUAGAAGGAAGUGAAAGGCUCUGAAGAGCCAACCACUGCUUGACUAGACACCCCAUGAGGUAGUAUCUGCACCCUUGAUG